AUGAAGUACACUCUCUCAGCACUUUCCAUGCUGGCCAUGGCUGUGGCCCAGCAGGUCGGCACAGAGCAGGCUGAGACUCACCCCAAGCUCAGCUGGCAAAGAUGUACUUCUGGAUCUUGCUCCAACGUCAACGCCGAGGUCGUCAUCGACGCCAACUGGCGCUGGGUUCAUGGUGUUGGCGGAUAUCAGAACUGCUAUGACGGAAACUCGUGGACCGGCCUGUGCACGACUGGAGACAGCUGCGCCCAGACUUGUGCUGUUGAGGGAGCCGAGUACGGCGGCACCUACGGCGUCUCAACGAGCGGUAAUGCCUUGACCUUGAAGUUCGUCCAGGAGCACCAGUACGGCAAGAACAUUGGUUCUCGCAUGUACCUCAUGAAUGGUGACAGCAAGUACCAGACCUUCCAGCUCCUGAACAACGAGUUCGCCUUCGACGUCGACUUGUCCAGCGUCGAGUGCGGCAUGAACAGCGCUCUGUACUUCGUUGCGAUGAAGGAGGACGGCGGUCUCUCGUCGGAGCCUAACAACAAGGCUGGAGCCAAGUAUGGUACUGGUUACUGCGAUGCUCAAUGCGCUCGCGACCUCAAGUUCAUUGGUGGCAAGGUAAACUUCAACACCCCGUGCCAGACAAGCAGAGACAUUGCGACUAAUAGUCACGACGAACAGGGUAAUGUUGUAGGAUGGGAACCUUCUGAAACCGACGACAGUGCUGGUGUCGGUAACAUGGGUGCCUGCUGCGCCGAGAUUGACGUCUGGGAAUCCAACGCCUAUGCCUACGCUCUGACUCCUCACCCUUGCGAAAACAACAACUAUCACGUCUGCGAGGGUUCCAACUGCGGCGGCACCUACUCAGAGGAUCGCUACGGCGGCGGCUGCGAUGCGAACGGUUGCGACUACAACCCGUACCGCAUGGGCAACCCUGACUUCUACGGCCCCGGAAAGACCAUUGACACCACGAAGAAGUUCACCGUCAUUACCCGCUUCGCCCCCGAUCGCAUGUACCAGGUCUUCAUCCAGGACGGCAACACCAUCGAAGUCCCCGGCGCCAAGUGGGAGGGUGUCCCCGAGACUUCGGAGAUCACGCCCGAGUACUGCGAGCGCCAGUUCGCUGUCUUCAACGAGCGAGACCGCUUCAACGAGGUCGGCGGAUACCCCCAACUCAACGCUGCGCUCAACAUCCCCAUGACGCUUGUGAUGUCCAUCUGGAGCGACCACUACGCCAACAUGCUCUGGCUCGACUCCACCUACCCUCCCGAGAGGGCCGGAGAGCCCGGUACCGAGCGUGGACCUUGUGCCCCGACUUCGGGUGUCCCUGCCGAGGUCAUCGAGCAGUUUCCCAACUCGCAGGUUGUCUGGUCCAACAUCCGCUUCGGUCCUAUCGGCAGCACUUAUGCUGUCUAAGAGACCUGAAAAGGGAAGACUGAAACUGGUCCGAGAACGCGGUUCACCUCGAGAGUGUCUCCGGACGUAUACUGAGUGGCGCACAUCUCGUUUUCCUCUUGUAUAUAACUUCUCUUCUUCCAUGGUCGGCACCAUCUUUUCAGCCCGACUUUGUCCCAUAGACUCGGGCUCAAAUACACAUAUCCGCACUAGCCAAUACACCAAACACGUGCUCCUAGUAUUCGUCUUGUGCUCCGAAGGCAAGGGAACUUGUCGGAAUGCAGCCCAUCGAGGACUUGUUGCUAGGAGUAUCGGAUAAUCGUAUGCGUAUCCGCAAUCAGUUGUGUUUUCCACGAUUGUGUUAGGCACACAGCCUUUUCU